AAUGUCUCUGUUGCACAAUUCAAUGAUUUCCUUGUUCCUCUUUCCCCACAGCUUGCUCUGAGAACUCAAACAGAACCUGUGAAGAGUGCCUGAAAAAUGUCUCCUGUCUUUGGUGCAGCACCAACAAGGCGUGUAUGGACUACCCCGUGAGAAAAAUCUUGCCACCUGGGUCUCUGUGUAAGUUGAGUGCUGCACGCUGGGGCGUUUGCUGGGUGAACUUUGAGGCACUGAUCAUUGCCAUGUCGGCGGUGGGGGGCUCCCUCCUGCUCAGUCUCGCCGUCUGCUGCUGCUACUGCUGCUGCUGCAAGAGGAAGAAGAGCCGCAAGCCAGACAAGAGCGAGGAGAAGGCCAUGCGGGAGCGAGAGGAGCGCAGGAUCCGGCAGGAAGAGAGGAGAGCGGAGAUGAAGUCACGGCACGACGAGAUCAGGAAAAAGUACGGUUUGUUCAAAGAAGAGAACCCGUACGCCCGAUUUGAAAACAACUAAAGCACACUCCGAGUCCCAGCAGCAAUCCGGCAGCGGUGAGGUGGGGCUGGGCCUUCACAGCUCACCCGCAGAACCCACCCCGGGUGAGCUGAGCCACACCCCAAAGACAAUCCUGGCCUGCCCCCCAGACUGAGCGUGGGCUCCCUCUUCUCUCCAUUUCUGCAGCGAGCCCCUGGAGACAUCAGCCCGCCACCCUUCCUCUGAGGAGGGACUGUGACACCCACCCCUCACCUGCAUUUCUCAGAAAUGUCAACUGGUGACAACGAUGCAGUCCUCCUCUUUUUGCGACACAGAAUUCUCACCUCCCUCUGCCCGCUAGCAAGGCUCAGCCAGCCAGGAGGAAAGUCAUUUCAUACUGUAGUCGCAGAGGGUUGGGGAGCCACCAUCCCCCCCACCCCCCCAACACACAUUUUCUUGCAACACUAAGCUGGCAGCAUCUGCAUCCUUUGGUUCACACUGCGCUUAAGUGUUGAAAGCAUGGGGCCCCGACAGCAGGAUUUUCUGCCUGAGCAUUGAGGAAUGGUUACAGUCACUUGAGAUUAUGUUUUCUUGGCACCACCACCACCCAGACGAUUUCACCAGGAAACAAUGCAAAGCUUUAGAUUCUUUACUGGCUGACUUGUCACUUUACAUCUUCAUUGGACUGUCAGGAUAUUCUUUCAACAGAUGCAUGUUAAUAAUGCAGAGAUCAGGCACUCUGCGCGUGACGGUUGGCCAGUGGUGUGAGCUGAUGGGGCCGGAGAACAGUAAUGCCGGGCUUAUCUUUCUCACCUGCUAACAGGUGUGCCAGACUGUGCCCAGCCAGGAGCCAGGAGGUGGGAGUUGAGUCUUGGGUGCUGUGUCACAGGCCAGCCUCGCACUGGGAAGAGCCGGCUGUCCAGGGCCAGCUGCAGGGUCUCUCUCCCCACAGCACAGCAGCUGCUGAGCACGCCUUGCCUUCCAAAGGGUUCCAGGCUUCGAGCUGCACGUCUCUGAGUGUUGCUUUCGGCCGCAGCUUCUGAGUCUGGCCAAGAGACCACCAGCAUCUCAGUUUUACAUGUGAUAGCUUUCUUUAAAUUCAGGAUGUGUGGCAAAUACUGGAGGGCAAGCUUGAAGUAAUGGCGCCGUAAAGCCUUGCCUGAAAGUAAUUUGAACAUGGUUGCAGCUGCCACUGUGCUGCGCCGCGUUCCACAUUCCGCUUUGGAAGUGUCCACAUCGAGCGAGCGUGCUCUCUGUUUUCACGUACACUGUCAUGUUGGGGCAGAGAUGGGACACCCCAGCGUCAUAGGAGGUCCCCUGCAAGAGCAGUGCGCUCUGUGACCCAGACACUCACAAUCACCACCCUGCCUGACGGGCCGUUUUCCACUGUGGACCGUGUGUAUCACCAGCUAACAUUUCUGCUCUGAUCCUGACACGUGGGAGAAGAGCUCCUUUGACACAUGCUGCUGUCUUCUCUCUCAGGCAUUGAAAAGCACGUUAGAGCGUUACGAAACAUUCCUGCAUAUUUUAUCGCUGCCUUUACAGUUUUACUUCCCGCUCCUGAUUCCUAACAGGGCCUUUUAUAAUAGACUGUAGCGCACUUUGUAUUAACCCAGUAGUAUGUAUGUAAUCACACCGUCUUGGAGUUGAGGUUACUGCGCUGCCGGGAGAACCAGUGUACCCAAUCCUGUGGUGCUGCCAGGCCCUCAGUGAGGGGGGUCUCAUCCAAGUCCCAGUCUCAGGAGCAGCCACAUACUAACCUCAAGGAAAUCUGUAGCCUUAAUUCUUAACCAUUUGCAAUAAAAUGGUUUAAUACAA